UGCAGCGCGUUCGGUUGGAAGGAUUGUGUUUCAAUUUGCGCCAUAAGCUCAUUUGAGAAAAAAAGGAAGAAAAGAGGAAGAUAAGAAAAGUUAUCAUUUGAUGGCGACGUGAUUUUAACUGGAUCCUACACGGAAUUUCCUUUUUUCCUCUCUUCAUUUUGGCGUAAUCACGGAGAUCAGAACAAUGAGGCGCCCAGAGCUGUCGUUGAUCUUUCUGCUUUGUUUUUGCUCGGCGAGUGACCAGGUCAGCUACUCUAUUCCAGAGGAGAUGCCGAAAGGAUCUUUUGUGGGUGACAUUGCGCAGGAUUUGGGGCUGGAUGCGAAAAGGCUGAAGUCGGGGAAGGCCCGCGUUUACACGGGGGAGAAUGGCGAUUACAUAGAGAUGGAUAAAGAAAGAGGAAUCCUGCUCAUCAAAGAGAGAAUCGACAGAGAGGUUGUUUGUGCUCUCACAACUCCCUGCACUUUACGUUUUCAAAUCAUUUUGGAGAAUCCCAUGGAAUUUUACAGCAUUACGGUCGAUGUCGUGGACGUUAAUGACAACGCCCCUUUGUUUAAAAGGAACGAAAUGAAACUCCGGAUCAGCGAGUCGGCUGCUAUAGGCUCCGUGUUUGCGCUCGAACAAGCAGUAGAUCUGGAUGUCGGUAAGAAUGGCCUGCAGAACUACGUUUUAAACCCAACAAAUAACUUUGUUUUAAAUUGGCAAAGUCAGUCAGAAGGCAGAAAGGUUGUUGAAAUGGUUUUGCAAAAACCUCUUGACCGAGAAAUAAUGGAUCGUUUAUCUUUAAGCCUGACUGCAGUCGACGGCGGUGAUCCACAGCUAUCUGGAUCUAUUUUAAUAAAUGUCGAUGUCCUGGAUAGUAAUGAUAAUGCACCAGUGUUUUCACAGAAAAUAUACAAGUGCACCUUAACAGAAAAUUCACCUGCAGGAACUAUUGUAACUAAAGUUCAUGCUUCCGACAAAGAUGAGGGAUCUAAUGGAAAAAUUACAUUUGCAUUAUUAAGCUCUGUUGACGGUGCAUCAGAAAUAUUUCAAAUAAAUAAAGAAACGGGAGAAAUUAGGUUAGCUGGAAGUGUUGACUAUGAAAAGAAGAGAGAAUUUGAAAUACACAUCCAAGCUAGUGAUGAAGGAGGACUUUAUGAUUCUAGUAAGAUUGUGGUGGAAAUACUGGAUAUAAAUGACAACAUACCCGCUAUAAAUAUAAUGUCAAAGUCCAGCAUAGUAAAAGAGGACAUGCAGCCUGGCACAGUCGUGACAAUUAUUAAUAUCCAGGACCCAGAUUCAGGUGAAAACGGUAAGGUGCAGUGUGAGAUAAACAAAAUAAAUGAGUUUUCAAUAUCAUCUACAUCUAAUAAUUUCUUUAGUAUAAUGACAGACAGUGAGUUAGACCGAGAGACGGCAUCAGAGUAUAACAUCACUGUGACCUGCUCUGACGAAGGAGUCCCCUCCCUCUCCAGCAGCGUCACUCUCACCUUACAGAUCUCUGAUGUGAAUGACAACGCACCUGUCUUUGAGAGGAGCUCAUAUGAGGCCUACAUUGUAGAAAACAACACACCAGGUGUGUCUAUAUUCACAGUGAAAGCCACAGACGCUGACUGGAAGCAGAAUGCGCGUGUUUCUUACAUCCUGGAGGACUCCUCUGUGAACGGAGUGCCAGUCUCCUCAUAUGUGUCCGUCAGUGCUGACAGUGGAGUCAUCCACGCAGUGCGCUCUUUUGACUACGAGCAGAUCAAAGACUUCCGCUUCUGUGUCAAAGCUCAGGAUGGAGGUUCUCCUCCACUCAGCAGCAACGUGAGCGUGAACAUCCAGAUCCAGGACCAGAACGAUAACCCGCCUCAGGUUCUGUACCCGGUCCAGACUGCUGGCUCUGUGGUGGCUGAAAUGGUGCCUCGUUCAGCUGAUGUGGGCUACCUGGUGACUAAAGUGGUGGCUGUUGAUGUGGACUCUGGACAGAAUGCCUGGCUCUCCUAUAAACUGCAGAAAGCCACAGACAGGGCGCUGUUUGAAGUGGGCUCCCAGAAUGGAGAGAUCCGAACUGUCCGCCAAGUGACGGAGAAAGAUUUGCUCAAACAAAGACUGACUGUGAUCGUGGAGGACAACGGGCAGCCCUCUCGUUCAGCUACAGUCAUUGUUAACGUGGCGGUGGCGGACAGCUUCCCUGAAGUGCUGUCGGAGUUCAGCGACUUUCCACACGACAAGGACUACAAUGACAACCUGACUUUUUACUUAGUGCUGGCUCUGGCUGUGGUUUCUUUCCUCUUCAUCACGUGUUUAGUGGUCAUCAUCUCCGUCAAGAUCUACCGAUGGAGACAGUCUCGCAUCCUGUAUCACUCCAGCCUCCCUGUCAUUCCAUAUUAUCCUCCACGGUACUCAGACACUUUGGGCACAGGGACUCUGCCACACACGUACAAUUACGAGGUGUGCAGGACCACUGACUCCAGAAAGAGUGACUGUAAGUUCGGCAGAGCUGGGAGUCAGAACGUGCUGAUAAUGGACCCCAGUUCUACAGGAACCAUGCAGCGGAUGCAGAGUGAGAAGAGCAUCCUGGAUGAACCAGACUCUCCUCUAGAGCAUCAUUUGACCAGCCAGCUGUUGUGAGGCCAUCAUUUACCACAUGAUCCACAAGUGUUGCCCAAAUUUCAUCAGCAACCUGGCCUCUUCUUCACCGGUUUUGUCCCCUUCCUCCAUCCAUCCUCACCCCUUUUCCAGGAGGAUGACCAUCCAUGUAUUGCAGUUUUGUAGAUACAGUUUCCACUUCAUGCCAAUCCUGCUACUUGGUUUAUAGUAUACAUAUUUGUAAAGUGAGAGCUCAUGACAUUUUAGCUGUGAGUGAUUGUGAAGGAGAGACUUUUUUUGUUUCAACUGCUAGUUCACACAGUCCUUGUCAUCAGUUUGUGAGGUUCAUCUUUGAAAAGGUUCUUGUUGGACAUUUUUAUUAAAACACUUUUUUUCUGACUGUAAAAAAAAAAAAAAA